AUGGGUAUACAAGAGUGGACGGUCACGGAGGCAUACUAUCCCUCGAAAUGUAGUUUGGGUGAAGGCCCGUAUUACACCAAAGAACGGCAUGAGCUUCGGUAUAUGGAUAUCAACAAUAAAAAACUCUUUGUCAUCGACCUGGCAAAGGGACCCGAGUCGGUCAAGAUCAUCGAUACCGCGCAACCAAUUGGUGUCACGGCAAAUAUCGAGGGCGUCGAUUCUUCAGAGGUCAUCCUGGCUGGUGCAAAGGACGGCGUUACCAAAUUCCACCUGAAAACCGGAGAGCAUGAAUAUGUCGCCAAGUACUGGAAAGGACCACAUGCCGAGGACAAGGCGAGAAGGAUGCGCUCGAAUGACGGCGCAGUUGACACUCAAGGUCGUUUCUGGGUCGAGGCAUUCGUUGACCCCACGAUAGCCGAAUUGACUGAAGAAGGCUGCUUGUUCCGCCUCGACCACGACGGAACGCUGCACACGAUGCACGAGAAGAUGACCAUCCCCAACGGCAUCACCUGGACCGCAAGUGACAACACGAUGUUCCUUACCGACUCGCCGCCGCAGAACGUGUAUGCCUUUGACUACGAUCCCAAGACGGGAGACAUUUCCAACCAGAGAGUCUUCUUCCACCUGGAAGAGGAGGGCGUACACCCAGACGGCCAUGCCAUGGACGUCGAGGGAAACAUCUGGCACGCCUGCUACGGGGGCUCCAAGGUCAUACGAAUAUCGCCCCAAGGGGCCGUCACCGGAGUCAUCCACCUCCCGACACGCAAUAUCACCUGCCCGACCUUUGCAGGCACCGAGUUGUUCAUUACUAGUGCAGCGGAGCAGCAGCCUGACAAAUACCCGGAUUCGGCCAAAUUUGCUGGAAAUUUGUUCAGGAUUGACGUCGGCAUCGAGGGCAUGCCCAAGUACAGGGCUCGCUUGGACUAG